AGAGACCAAUAGGGAUACACGAUCCGAUACAACCGUCCCCAGCUCAUUCUCAGUCCUGGCUCUGUCGUGAUGGCGGAGGACAGCGAGUCUGCUGCAAGCCAGCAGAGCUUGGAUCUGGAUGACCAGGACACCUGCGGUAUAGACGGGGACAACGAGGACGAGGCUGAGCAUGCGAAGGGGAGUCCCGCUGGAGACCUAGGAGCCAAAAAGAAAAAGAAGAAACAAAAAAGGAAAAAGGAAAAACCAAAUUCAGGGGGCGCCAAGUCAGACUCUGCUUCUGAUUCUCAAGAAAUUAAAACACAGCAGCCAUCAAAAAAUCCAGCCAUUCCAAUGCAAAAGCUGCAAGAUAUUCAGAGAGCUAUGGAGCUGCUUUCGGCCUGCCAGGGACCUGCGAAGAACCUUGAUGAGGCAAGCAAACGUAAAUACCAGUUUUGGGAUACACAGCCUGUACCCAAACUUAACGAAAUUAUAACGUGUCACGGUGCUAUUGAACCUGACAAGGACAACAUCCGCCAAGAGCCAUAUUCAUUGCCUCAGGGUUUUAUGUGGGAUACUCUGGACUUAAGUAAUGCUGAAGUGCUCAAAGAACUAUACACAUUGUUGAAUGAAAAUUAUGUUGAAGAUGAUGAUAACAUGUUCAGGUUUGACUAUUCCCCAGAGUUCCUCCAAUGGGCCCUGCGUCCCCCUGGCUGGUUAUCUCAGUGGCACUGUGGUGUUAGAGUGUCCUCCAAUAAGAAGCUGGUAGGCUUCAUCAGUGCAGUUCCUGCCACUAUCCGUAUUUAUGAUAAUGUGAAGAAGAUGGUAGAAAUCAAUUUCCUGUGUGUGCAUAAAAAGCUACGAUCAAAGCGAGUGGCUCCUGUUUUGAUUCGUGAAAUUACAAGACGAGUGAACUUAGAAGGAAUUUUCCAGGCUGUUUAUACAGCCGGUGUUGUGCUACCUAAGCCUGUAUCUACUUGUAGGUACUGGCAUCGGUCAUUAAACCCUAGAAAACUGGUAGAAGUGAAAUUUUCUCAUCUUAGUAGAAAUAUGACGUUACAACGAACAAUGAAGCUGUACAGACUGCCAGAUGCCACAAAGACUGCAGGUUUGAGACUAAUGGAACGAAAGGAUAGUAAAAUGGUCCAGCAGUUAAUAAACAGCUAUCUGAGCCAAUUUAACCUUGCGCCAGUUAUGGAUGAAGAGGAGGUUCUGCACUGGUUCCUGCCACAGGAUCACAUUAUCGAUACUUACGUUGUAGAGAGUUCCAAUGGUAUUUUAACAGAUUUCCUCAGUUUCUACACAUUACCCUCAACCGUUAUGCAUCAUCCAGUCCAUAAAACCCUCAAAGCAGCUUAUUCAUUCUACAAUAUUCAAACAGAGACUCCGUUGCUGGACUUAAUGAAUGAUGCAUUAAUUAUUGCAAAAUUGAAAGGAUUUGAUGUGUUCAACGCUCUUGAUUUGAUGGAAAACAAAACUUUCCUGGAAAAACUUAAGUUUGGCAUAGGAGAUGGCAACCUGCAAUAUUAUUUGUACAACUGGAGAUGCCCUGCCAUGGAAUCUGAAAAGGUCGGGCUUGUUUUACAGUAAAGGGACAUUCUGUACUCUAAACAUCUGCAGUGAUCUGAGGAACUCAACAGGGGGCACUGUUUGGAUGUGAAAAGCACAAAGGAGAAAGAGAAGAAAAAAAUGAACAAAAGAUGAUGUGACAAGGAGGAAAUUUUAACAACUCAGCUAAAUAUGACUCCAUAUGGACAUCAUGCAGUGCUGUCAUUGUUUGUCAUGACGCACACAUGUUUAAAAAACUAAAGCACAUUCCUUUAAUUUGAAAACAUAUUUACGGUGGACCAUGAUGGAGUGAAUUAGUCCACCAACCUUUUUUAUACAAAGUGAACGGCAGAAAGCAUGAAAAAUAAACUCUGAUUUGGUAAAGCAACGCUGAAAGAUGCAUUAACUGCUUUUUUUGCUAGAAGGACCAGCAGCACAAUGGGACAGAAAGCUUUGCAGAAAGCCUGACUCCACUGGCUGUAAACCAUUUACACCAUACACCUCUUUGCUUCUUAAAAACAAUGUAAAACAUGCUGUGGAGUAUCCUUUUGCCUUGAUGGCUUCCUCCAUUAGCAAAAGUGUUAUUAACCUAAGAAACUUUUCAAACUUAUGUCAGAAAGACUUUACAGCAUUUUGCAAGCUAAGUUUGUGACUGGGGGUUCCAUCUGCUACAUUUACACUUUACCGGCCUAGAGACGGUUAUUAAAGGAGCCAAUUGAUUGUAUUAAA